AUGGCCUCCCAGGACAGCGCCACAAGCAUCCCCUUUAUUAGCGCUCCAGAUGGCAGUGGCUACCGCCUGCUGGAGCUGCCGGCCGACCUGGUCGCCGAGGGGUCUAGCCCAUGGUACCUGCACACAGACAGCUCCGGCAUGGCACGUCUGCGCACGGCCCAGGGCAAGACGUAUGCGCUGCGCCAGAAGAACACGUCUAACGCGUUGAUGCUGCUGUCGGUCCGGGCAAACGCCGUCGAUGCUACCGACGAGACGGCCCUGCCCAGGCCCGGUGUCGCCAUCGCUGCCACGGUGCACGAGACCGUUGAGCUGCUCGAGGUGGCGGCUGAGACGACAGUGCCAGCGCCGGCGCCAAAAGUGGUCCCUUCCCGCGGAAAAUGGCACGAAAAGUUCGGCAAGACUCGGUAG